UUCUUCGGUUUGGGGGAAGGACUUUAAACAAACGACUGGCGUGUCACGUGACAGCGCGCCGCGUGACGUAGGAGGAAGACGGAGGCGCCAUUAGAGUGGGGCGGGUGGGGUGAGCGAACCCGGUAGAGGGAAGUGUGUUUGUGUUUCUCUUCCCCCCGGUGUGCGUCUGUGCUGCGGCCUCCCUCACUUUCCCCUUGGAUGAGGCCUUCUUCCGCGUCCCGUGUCGGAGUUGGGGCGGGGGGCGGCUGUCGCUGAUGUGAGGCCGCGGGAGCGGCGGCGACUUCGCUGCGGAUGGCGACGGCAGCGGCGACUUCUGGCGCAGGAAGCGGCGGCGGCGGCGGCACGGCCGGGCGAAACUUCUCCUUCAAGGUGGUACUGCUUGGCGAGGGCUGUGUGGGGAAGACGUCGCUGGUCCUCCGCUACUGCGAGAACAAGUUCAAUGAUAAGCACAUCACCACCCUGCAGGCAUCUUUUCUAACAAAGAAACUAAAUAUUGGAGGAAAAAGAGUCAACCUUGCAAUAUGGGAUACAGCAGGUCAAGAAAGGUUUCAUGCACUUGGUCCCAUUUACUACAGAGACUCUAAUGGAGCAAUUUUAGUAUAUGAUAUAACAGAUGAAGACUCCUUUCAGAAGGUAAAAAACUGGGUCAAGGAAUUAAGAAAAAUGUUGGGAAAUGAAAUUUGUCUAUGCAUAGUUGGUAACAAAAUAGAUUUGGACAAAGAAAGACAUGUCUCUAUUCAAGAAGCAGAAACAUAUGCAGAAUCAGUGGGAGCAAAACACUAUCACACGUCUGCGAAACAGAACAAAGGAAUAGAAGAACUCUUUCUUGACCUCUGUAAAAGAAUGAUAGAAACUGCACAGGUUGAUGAGAGAGCACGAGGCAACGGAUCCAGUCAGUCAGGACCUACAAGGCGGGGAGUACAGAUCAUUGAUGAUGAGCCACCAGUUCAGAGCAGUGGAGGAUGCUGCUCAUCUGGAUAAUUGUAUAAGACUGUGCAUCAUGCCCCCUAGUGAAGACUGCCAUACUCAAAGUCUCAUUCUUUAUCGGUGGAGAAUCAGAAUUAACAGUAUUUAAAAUCAUUUGUAACAAUUCAGAAAACCAUUAAGUGCUAAACUAGUGGAGUAUGUGACCAGAAAAUUGGCGUUUUCUACAGUGGUUAACAAAACAAACCAAUGGCCUUUUUACAUGUUUCUUUAAUAAUGAAUAAUACUGCAUGUGGGAGAGACUUAAGGCUUCAUUUAUAUUUUAAAUGAGAUCAUUAUUUAAUAACUUAUGUACACUAUUGGAAUGAGACAUUUUUGCAGCCCUUUGUAUUUUGUGGUAGAUUGAACUGUAUCAUUUCAAAAUUGCAAAUUCUUUUUAAUUAGCAGAUACCCACGUACUAUUUUUGCAGGGUUGGCAUCAACCUAUAACUGUCUGACUACUUUGAUAUACUCAUCCUGUACUCCAUGCUGGUAAAAUAAAUUGUAAAUUACAUAUUAAAUAUUUUAUCUGCUUUUACAAGUGCAGGUGCAGAAAUAUGUACAUUAGUCUUGUUGGUGAUUGUGAAGUGAAUAACAGUUGGUGAAAAGAUACAAAUUUUAUUGUCUACCAGCUCAUCCCCCCCCCCCAUUAGAUUCCAUAAUCAUACUCUCUGCUUGCUCUGAAGUUAGCAUACCUUUUUGAAACUCUUCUGGCAAUUAUUGGUCCAUAUAACACUUAGGCUAAUCCCCACUCCCAAAAGUGGUAAUUGGAAUGCUGUGAAUUGCUGCUACACUUGUUUCUAUUAGCAGAAAUUUGAUGUGCUUGAAUUUUUCAACUUCUCCAGUUUUCUACAUUGCAAAGAAACCUUAUCUUAUGAACUUGGCUUCCUCCAUCUGAUAAUCACUGAACAAGAACUGUUCUUGUAUCUUGUUCCUCCAAAAUGUAUUCACUCUUCUCCUGUACAAAGCUGGAAUGAAGUGAAAAUAACUUUGCUGCAGUUCAUUUUAUUGAUCACUGAAACUGAUAGAAACUUAUGUGUUCCAUGUAAGCCUUGUUUAAAUCCACUUUGCAUUUUUCAGUAGGAAAUAUUUCAGCUGCCACCACCAACUGCAUAGUAAAUAUUUUCCAAAAGGAGAAAAUGUGAAAACUGAACCAGGCAUUGUCAGGACUAGAACAGUCAAGCUAAUCACUAUUUACAUAAUGGAACACACCAACUUUCUGAGGGAAAUACCAGUUUAGGUGGGGUGUUCGGUUCCCCCCCCCCAUUUUUGGUAAAUGGAUAUAUUUAUGAUGUGGAAAAUAUCUAGUAAUAGUUUAGUCUUUGGCAAGGUGAGCAUGUAAAUCAUUCUAACCUCACGUGUGCAGGUUUUAAUUUCUUAUCACUGGUCCAGAGAUGAAUGUACACAGUUCAAACACCAAAAUAGUGGGAAUAUGUCACUAAUCAUCUAACUUCACUUUCCCAAACCUGACACAAACUUUAAGAGCAAUAGUUUUAGAAAACACUGCAUGCUUUCAUUGUCCUGAAUAAGCUGAUUUAUGAAGAUCUGCUAAGAUAUAUAAGGGGAAGGAGCUAUCUGUUGCACAUGACCAUAAUCUGGAUAAUUUAGUAUGUACAUUGUACUCUGUACCCUAACGCUUACUGGAAUUGUAAGUUAGAUGAUCUGUUAAAAGUACAUAUGUCUAAAUAGCUUGCUGCUGUGACUUUACCAUGUGCUGCUUAUUGUAAGCUGCUCUAUCUUCAUUAAAUAUUCACAUUUAGUACCUCUUACUUACAAAUACUUUUCUGUAGUGAAUGCUGUCUAGCAUGGUAAAGCUAUGAAUGAACAUAUGUUCAGACAGAGGGAGCUGCGUCAGACUGUUAGAAGGAAACUUUUCUGCCACUUGUGUUAAUAUUUGACACAGAAUGGAAAUGGACCAUAAAGUGGGACAAUCAAAAUGAGAUCUGAGGGCCAAGGCUUUGUGGUCUGUCCUGCAUAUGUUCCAAAUGUGAAACUUUCAGUAUUCCUUCCGAACAGCUGUCAUGUCCUUUUCUUCCCUUGCAUCCUUUCAAAGUCUUUUCCUUACCUUUGACUGUAGAUAAAGCUCUAGUCACUUCUAUAUUCUUCCUAGCACCAACAGCUCUGGUAUUUCUAGUUUUUAGUUUCAACAUAAACCUCAAAACAAAAACACAAAAGGAUUAUUGUUAACAUUAUUAAUGUUCAACAACCUCGAGAGGAAUGGGUGGCUGUUAAACAGUUGGGCAACAUCCUCUUGGCCACUCUAAGAUGGUAGGUAGCUGGGUAC